AUGAAGCGGAAGCCAUUACUCUCAGGAGGCAAUUGCAAUGAGUCUUGUGCAAAAAAGGGUUAGGUAUCUAAUCUUUCCGUUCUUUUGGGGGGCCCUUUUCUUACCCUAACCGUUCAGGACAUUUGGUGUAAACUUCUCAUCCUUCGGAGGUAACUUGCGAGACUUCUGCUUCCUUGAAUUUUACCCUCUGUCUGACCCUGGUAUAAGCUUUCUGCUUUCUUGUCUUUAUGAAGGAAUUUGACUACUGUUGGACUUCAUAUGCCAGCUGAGAGAGUCAAUGAGAACAAUCUUGCUUCCUGGUUUUCCAUAGACUCUCAAAGUCACCCUACUCACAUAAAAUGGCUGCCCUCAGUCUGUCUCCCAUGUUCGCUGUAUCCAAUCAAGAAUCUACAGAUAACCAGGAGUCAGAAUUUCCUCUUCAUUCCCAGCCACAGAACUUGGAUCUAUUUUCCUGCCAUGUUUUGGAACCUUAUACACCAAGCAGUCGUUAUUCUCGGGACUCUGUGACAUUCCAGGAUAUUGCUGUGGACUUUACAGAGAAGGAGUGGCCUCUGCUGGAUUCUUCCCAGAGAAAACUGUACAAAGAUGUGAUGCUAGAGAACUAUAGCCAUCUGACAUCUCUGGGGUAUCAGGUUGGCAAACCGAGCCUCAUCUCACACUUGGAACAGGAAGAGGAGCUAAGGAUGGAGGAGAGAGACACUGAGCAAGGUACAUCUCCAGAUUGGGAGACUCCAUCUACGACCAAGUGGUCUAUUCUUUUGGAAGAUCUUUUUGGUGAGGAAGCAUCCACUAGUAUGACGAUGGAAAAAUCUGAUCUCAGGAAGAAAUCUGAAUAUGCCCACUUGUUUGAAGUCUUCAGCCUGGGCACUCCCCUUACUCAGCCAGUGGGAAGGCCCACAAACAAAAGGCCCCAUCACCGCCAUAGCUAUGGAGUUUCUUUCAAGAGUAGAACCCACUUCACUCAGCAUGUGAGCAUGUAUGAUGGCAGAAAAAUGCAUCAGUGUCACCAGUGCCAGAAAGCCUUUACCACAAGUGCUUCCCUUACAAGACAUCGUAGGAUACACACCGGGGAGAAGCCUUACAAGUGCAGUGACUGUGGCAAAGCCUUCAAUGACCCCUCAGCUCUGCGGAGCCAUGCAAGAACACACCUGAAAGAAAAGCCAUUUGAUUGUAGUCAGUGUGGAAAUGCCUUCCGGACCCUCUCAGCACUGAAGAUACACAUGCGAGUUCAUACUGGUGAGAGACCUUACAAAUGUGAUGAGUGUGGCAAAGCUUAUGGUCGGAGCUGCCACCUCAUUGCCCACAAGCGGACACACACUGGAGAAAGGCCCUAUGAAUGUCAGGAUUGUGGGAAAGCCUUCCAGCACCCCUCCCACCUGAAGGAACAUGUCAGGAACCACACUGGGGAGAAACCCUAUGAGUGUAUACAGUGUGGCAAAGCCUUCCGCUGGAAGUCUAACUUUAAUCUACACAAGAAAAACCACAUGAUAGAGAAAACCUAUGAAUGUAAAGAGUGUGGGAAAUCCUUUGGUGACCUCCUGUCACGGCGAAAGCACAUGAGGAUCCAUAUUGUGAAGAAACCAGUUGAGUGUCGCCAGUGUGGGAAAACGUUCCGGAAUCAGUCCAUCCUGAAGACACACAUGAAUUCUCACACUGGAGAGAAGCCUUAUGGAUGUGAUCUCUGUGGGAAAGCCUUCAGUGCAAGUUCCAACCUCACUGCACACAGGAAGAUACACACUCAAGAGAGACACUAUGAAUGUGCUGCCUGUGGAAAGGUUUUCAACGAUUACCUCUCACGGAGGAGGCACAUGAGCAUCCAUUUGGUGAGGAAGCGUGUAGAAUGUCGGCAGUGUGGGAAAGCCUUCAGGAACCAGUCCACCCUGAAUACGCACAUGAGAAGUCACACAGGUGAGAAGCCUUACGAGUGUGACCAUUGUGGGAAAUCUUUCAGCAUUGGCUCGAACCUUAAUGUGCACCGGAGGAUCCAUACUGGGGAAAAGCCCUAUGAAUGUCUUGUAUGUGGGAAAACCUUCAGUGACCACUCAUCCCUUCGAAGCCAUGUAAAAACCCACCGAGGAGAGAAGCUUUUUGCACCAUCUGUGUGGAAAAGACUUCAGUGAGUACUUGGACUCAAAGGAAACAUGACCUUCUUUCCUGGUGUUGAAGAGUGACCUGUUCUUCCAUAUUUCUCCCAUGGAGCCACAUAGAAGAUUUACCCAUUUCACUUUCAGCUCCACAUUCCAGUUCGACUGGGCUUUUUCUUCAUAAAGCAGUUCUCUUCUUGGGAGUGCCCUCCUGGAGUACCUAGCUUCAUUUAGGAAUACCUCAUCCCAUCUCCAGCUCAUCUACAACUUUAACAUUAAGAAACCCUUUUAAAUCAAGUCUUCUUCUGUAUCUAGAUCCUAAAGAGAUCGCUGAGAAACCCAGAGAUAAGAAACAUAAAGCUUUUAAAAAAAUUAUUAUGAAUAUCCAAGGGGAUUUUUUUUUAUACAAAAGAAUCUACAAGAUGAACUCAUAGAAAAAAGCAUAAGAUGGAGUGCUUUAUCAAUCAUAAACUUCAGUAUGUUUUUUAUCACUAUGACAAACUGCUUUAAACAACUUGAGGAGUGAAAGAUUUUGCAUGUCAUUCCCUCAGAGUCUUCAUCUCCUAGCUAGUUGACACUAUACCUUUUAGGCCACAGUGAGAGACCACAUCAUGAUGGGGAACUCCUGAUAGAUUAAGAGUGCUCAGCUCAUGUCCAGAAAAUAGAGACAGGAACAGGCAGAGGCCAGGGUUAUACCUUUCAAAGAUAUGCCUACCCCCCCCAUAAUCCACAUUGACAAUUAGAUCCUUCUUUGACAGCUUCUACCUCUUGUCAGUAUUCUAUUCAACUGAGUUCAUCCAGGAAUUAAACCAUUGAUGAAGUCAGAACCUUCAUAAUGUAACGACCCUGCAGAAACACCACCUCUGAUCACCAUUGAACUGGGAACCAAACCUCAAACUUUGUGGGGAUAACUGAGAUCCAAAACAGCAGUAUAAGAGUGACACAAUAUAAAAUUUUCAAUUGCAGUGACUGAAACAAUGUGAGGAGCUGGAGAAGCUUGUUGUCUCCCCCCGCCCCCACUGAAGGCCUGACGAAUUCCAAGAGAUCUGCUAGUCUUCAGUCUAUGUUGGAAUCUGAAGAAAUUGGUCACAGCAGCCAGACAAAGUGAGAGAGAAGGCGAGGCACAACAAAGCAAGAGCUUCCUUCUACCAUGCCCUUUUAUAUGACUGUCAUCAGAAAGCAAUGCCCAUAUUUAGGGUGGGCCUUCCAGCUUCAGUUGAUCCAAUCAAGGUCUCAUUUCAGUUAAUCCCAGAUCCAGUCAAAUUAAUACCCAGGAUUAGCUAUCACAAGUCCACCCCUUGUCAACUUGACAUCCAAUAGCUUCUCCUUUUGUCAUGCUUAAUUUUCAAAUGAAAA